GCGCACGCGUAUUUCGACGCAGUAGUCGUGCGCUCUAAUUCCAUUCCGUGUCCUUCAUUUUUUUCCUCCUGUUCUCACCAAAUAUAUCUCUUCUCUCUCUCCCAAUUGUUGACGCUUUUCUAUUAAUUACUGUUCUUGGAUGGAGACCACUUGUUAGUGGAGUUCAUUGAAAUCGAUUGGAAUAAUCGAGAGCUUUUUACCACGCCUGUGAGAAUGAUGAAGAAAAAGUUGAGAGGAUAAUUCAGUGCGCCGUACAUAUUUUCCACAGCAAUUUACCGCACACAUACAUGAAUGGAUAUGUUCCAUUCCAACGAAGUCGUCCGAUGGUAGAUUGACCAGUAGAAAUACGUGAUGAACGUACCUUGUGACAGAUCGACUUAGCUGUCAAUAUGUUCAGUCCAGUGCAGAUUAAGCAAGAAUUCUCCAACGCUGAAGAUUCCAGCCAAAAUGGCCAGAAUUGUGCCCAGGGGAAUGUAGAAUACCCUGUAUUCACGAAUCAAGACGUUGAGUACAUGUACAGACAAUUACCUCAAUUCUGGAGCCAAAAUCCAGGAAUACAGAUGGCCGAGGAAGUGGUGGUGUCGAAGAAUGAUCUGCAGGGGCGACAGACCACCACUCAAUCUAUCCCACAGGUAUCACCGUACUUGCAGCCAACGCCGCUGUUCCAGCUGAGUCAGCAGCACGAAUUGUCAACAUCCCUGGGCCAGCACGUGUCCUGCGUACCCCAGCCCCAGCUGUUGUCCCAUCAGAGGCUGGAGUUGGACCCCUCAGACCCCCAAAAUCCCCAAACAUCACCCCCAAAGCAAAAUGGGCCAGGCAGGCCCCCGAAAACGUCAGGACCGGGCUCGACAAAGAAGCACAAGUGCCAGUGUGAAAUUUGCUUCAAAGAAUUCGGUCACAAGAGCAAUCUCUUCAUCCACAUGCGAACCCACAACGGUGAGAGACCCUACAAGUGCACCCAGUGUGAAAAAUGCUUCACACACAGCGGUAAUUUGGCAAUUCAUAUGCGAACACACAGCGGUGAGAGGCCAUACGCAUGCCAAAUAUGUGGUAAAAUGUUCAGUCACAGUGGCAAUUUGUCAACCCAUUUACGCACCCACUCUGGGGUUAAACCGUACAAAUGCAGUGUUUGCGGUAAAGAAUUCAGACACAGUGGUAAUUUAUCGAUACACGAGAGGAUACACUCUGGUGUUAAACCAUUUCAGUGUAAAGUAUGUGGGAAGGAGUUUUAUCACAGUGGUAAUUUGACGACUCAUAUGAAGAAACAUCCUGUUGUCAGUAAAGAUGAGGGGGAGAGUGAGGAGGAGCACAACUCCGUUGGGAUGGAUGUUAAUGAGGGUAAUAGGGGCAAUCAGGAGGGCAAGAGGGACGAGGGAGAGGCACAAACUUUUGUAUCGGGCAGUUAAUGUUACUUGUUUGAGUGGUGUGGGGGUUCAUCGGGUGAGUGACUUCAAAUGCAUUUGAGAUUUUUUGAUUUUUCAGGAUUUUUUUAGGCUGCGGAGUUCAGGAAGAGUUUCUUAUGAUGACAUUUUUGGGGGCUUAUUAUCUUGGCAAAUGCCUUUUUUGGGGAAUUUUUCUAAGUACAACCGAUGGUUUUUACAGAUAAAUUGAUAAUGAACAAGAAAAGAGGAUGAGUCGGAUUUGUUUUUUUGUAAAUAUCAGGGGAUUUCGAAAGAUAUUGAUUUUUUUGAGAAAUGUCAGAAGACUUUUUUGUGGGGAAUUUUUUCGACUAUAAAAAAGUUAUUUGGAAGUUUUAUGUGAAACCGAUGGUUUUCGAGAUAAAUUGAGAGUUAAAGGAGAAUCAUGAGAGAAAAAGGAAAGAAACAUUUUUUGAUUUUUUUUAAUAGCAGUAGAUCUUAAAAAGUAUUGAUUUUUGGCGAAUUGCCAGUUACAAAAAAGUAAUUUGAGUUUUCACGUGAAUAUUUGGUUCAAUGAGUAAAGUGAAUACUGGAAAAACCGAGUGAAUGGCGAUUUUUCAUGUGCAAAUUACAUAAAUCAAUUUUUUUACUGUUAAACUCGUUGCAAUAGUUUUUUCAACGGAUCCAUCACUUUUCGUUACUUGUUCUCUUGUUAUCAAUUAGCAACAAAUAAGUUUUCCGAAAUAUUUUCCUUAUUCACUGACUGAACCAUUACAAAAUAGCAAGUAAAUAAUUCUCCAGCGAAACCAGGAUUCACUGAAUUAUUUAAAAUAAUGGAAACAAUCAACAAAUAUCACAAUAACAUUUAUUCCCACAAUAUUAAAAAAUAUCAUAAACUUCAUUGACUAUUUAACAAUUCCAAAAAAAAAACUAGUGACUAUUAUUUUUUUUCUGUUCUCUCUAAGAGACAGAAAUCAAACAAUAACAUUCAGUUAUGAAAAAAUGAUUUUUGAAUAAAUAUUCGGAAUAAUUCAUGUUGUCUUUUCGAAAUAAAUAAAAUCUCGAAAGCAUUUGAAAUAAUCUCUGGAGUGAAUGGCCAUACUACCUCGAUUGUACGAUAUUUUCUUAUUCUGCGACAACUGGAGGGAAUUCGUUGGAAUCUCCUUGAAAAACUUGUACUUAAGACACGUACUUUUUUAAAAAGAAAAUCAUCAUAACUCUGUAUUAUUGAAUAGUUUCUCUCCCCCUGAAUUCAAAAAAUCGGGGGGAGAUGGAAGGUGAUAUUGUCCGUGUACUCUAACUGAUAAUUUCCAUCAACUGCGAGAAAAUCAAUUUGUGGAUCAAAUAUUGGAUUGUGCACUGUCAACUGCAUGAUACACGUAAUUACUCAUAACUACUAAUACCAGAAAUUACAUAAUUUUGUUAAUUAGUCGGCUCUUUAUUCACGCCAAAUGUAACAAAGAAAAUCCUUUUAAAACAUUUAUUUUCUAUUUCUUCAUCUUCCAUUGGAGAUAAACUGCGGAAUUAUUUAAUUAACGAGAUCAUUGUGAAUAUGUGGAAUUGUUUGAAUCGAGUCUUUCCGAGGACUCGGGGCUUAACAAUCUUUGAAACUUUCCAGAAGAUCAAUUGAUUGAGGAGCGGAUUUAUUAGGAGAUUCAAGUUUUUCUAUCUUAUCAAUUAAAUGUUCUAAUUUUAUUUUCCAAUUUCCGGAAACAUUCCUUCCCUGUCAAUAAAUGAAUUAAAUACGAAUGUUUAGAAA